AUGUAUCAAGGCGAAACGAAGAUUUUGGACUCACUUCUAAAGGAGGCUCAGUUGAAUCCAAGUCUGAAAGCGAGUGUUAUGAAUCAUCAAGCCAAAGGCAAAGAAGAUGACGAGAAGCGGUUGCAAAAAAUGCUCGAAAAAUAUCAGAUGGAAAUGAACAUGCAGAGGGCGAACAGUAGGAAGGAUUUGAAUUCAAGUGCUGGGCCAUCCCCAAUUAGUCAUUCUCAGCCAUGUCUUAUUGCAAGUGGUUCAAGGUCGUCAGACAUCCCUCCCAGCGAGCCCAAAAUGACAACAUCUGCAUACCAACGUCGAGCGUCGGCAUCAGGAGACCAAGGACUAGAUGUGCCCACCUUGAACCAAACAAACAGAAGUGUAUCCAGCAAUCAAAAGCUCAUUCAAAUUUUACGCGAAGAAAAUGUGCACUUGAAAAAAGAGCUGGACGCAUUCAAGAGGAGUCUCUCAAAAUUGCAGCAGAUUGAAUACUCUUAUGCGCGAUUAGAACAAGAGUACGAGUAUCUGGCAAAUGAGAGGAAAAAGCAAGAGAACUUAGAAUUAAAUGUGAUUAUUCAACAGGAGAAAACGAUCAAAAGACUUACCGCUGAACGGGACGAUUUGCAACUACGCCUGGAGAAAGCGAAUGCAGAACCGACAAUGGUGGCGAAUCUGAUGCUAAAUGAAAUUCAGCAAAGGCAGGAACUUUUCGCUUGCAAGGAACGACAGAAAAUGGAAAUUGAGGCGCAGAAUCAGACGUUGGAGGAGCAACGGAAUCAUAUUGCAAUGCUUGAGAAAGCACUAGCCAAUUCACAAGAGCGUCUUGCCAAACGAGAAAAAAAGUGCGAUGAGCUGUCCGCCGUGGUGAAUCAUGCAGAUGAGUUGAGAAGACAACUAAACGAUGUAUGGGAAGAACAGCAGCGGCGGGAUCAAAUGGUGGAGUCGGAACGAGCUCAGUGGGAAAUGGAAAAGACACAGUUGAGAAUGCAACUAAACAAAGACACAUCACUCACUGGAAGUCUCAAGAGAACGACGACUCCCGGAAGCACGGAGGACCUCAUCCGAAUGCGCAAGAGCAUUCAAUCGAAAGAUGAGAAAAUUCAGCAGUUGGAGAGGAUGGUCAACGACUUGAGAAAAACGCUCGGUGACGAAACGGAGCGGCGUAAAUCAACAUUGGCUACGAUAACAGACACAUUUGAGGCUCAAAUUGAUAGAUUACGAGACGAGAACUAUGAAAAAGAACUGCUCAUCAAUGAGCUCAGAACCGAAAGGGACAAGUAUGCAGCGAUGGUGGAUAAAAAUAGCGGAGACGAAGCUCUCAGUCGAAUGGAGGAAAUAAGGCAAAAAAUACAGGAAAGAAAGAAGAAAGGACGUUUGGGAGUGACAGCAGGAGGAUUAUCCGAACAUGCUAGAACAUCAUCUGGAUCCAUGAUGCAACAAUCUUUGCAUAGAAGAUCAUCGAGCGGAUCAUCGUUCGACCCUGUGCCAACAGCACCAAUGCCAUAUAAUAUGUUCAAAAACGCAACAAACAACAAACAAAACGGUGGUUCAUACGGAUAA